AUGGCACAUCUCAGUUGUCAUGACAAUCUAUAUAAUAGAACGGAGUUGUAUUCCCCAGUUGGCGGUUCAACUUUGCAUAGUACGUAUGGAGUGCCUUUGAAUUAUUUUGACCCCCGGUGGGAGGGUCCGAAUGGGAAUCUGCUUCAUACACUCCACGAGGAGAGAAUGAAUAGUGCAAUGGGAAGAAAAAAAAAAAAAAAAAAAAAGACGAAAAUUCGGAUGUGCUACAAUUGUAAGGCAUCCACGACUGGUGAACGAAAAAGUACCGCCGACAAUUGCAGCUACCUGAAUGACAAAUAUAUUAGUAAGUCCAAAAAGGGAGACUACAAACAUGCAAGGAUAAACAUUAGGACAGAUGGACAUUCUACAGAAAGUGAUUACACCGAUGGUACUGAGGACACUGUUCCUACUUUGGACAAAUGGAAGAAACCUCGAAAGAAAUUUAUGGGGAAGUAUUUUUUUUCCGAGAUAGCUAAUAGUUUGCUGCACCCCUGGAAUGUGUAUCCCUCUACUGUACCUCAGUUGGGUGUAGUGAACCCUCACCUUGACUGUUUGCAUUAUUCGAUAGGUGCGAAGAGAAAGUGGCGAGAACACUGCAUAAAACCGGAAAUUAUCGUCCGAUUUUAG